AUGGCCACCACAACCGAUGGGCUCCUCCUGGAUCCACGCGUCACUGCUGGCGACGGCCCGCUGAGGGUGCUCGACGCUGGGACAUGGCUCCGCAGCCUCGUGCCCCCGUUCCAGCGGGUCGGGCGAGUUGACUUUCUCGCCGCGGAAUGCGAGCACCGUCUCCCGGCCCCGCAGCGUCUCGGUGGAGCUGGUCCGCGGCUUGACGUACUGGCCGGCGAUGCGGCCCAUCUCUACGACCGGCACACCGCCUCCCGCGCCAGCAGCGACAUGUGGCCCAGGACGCUCUCGUGUGUGGCGUCGCUGAAGCUCUCGGCGCAGCCCCCGGCCCUGGAUGAUAAAGGCCCCGCCCAAGUUGUUUGUAGCACGAAUCAAAGUGCGAGAUCUGAGAACGCAAACGACAAAUGCAGUCAAAAGUAA